ACCCACGGGGGGACCCAGGGACACACGGGGGCGUGAAGGAUAUUGGGGGGGGGGUGGGGGGGGUGUCCCCGCCUUUGUGGCCUUGUCCCCCUCCCCCAGGCAGCCUUGGGGUGGGGGGCAGCCGGGGGUGGGGGUGGGGGAUAAAGGGGACCCCCCACCCCCCCCCAAACAAGAGGUGGCGGCCCCACGGCAGCAUGGGGGGGGCACAGGUCUUGGUGCUGGUGACACUGAUGGGGACCCCCAUGGCCUUGGGGACCCCCAUAGCCUUGGGGGGUCCCAUAGCGGCGGGGGACCCCAUGGCCGUGGGGAGCCCCAUGGUUGUGGGGGGCCCCAUGGUUGUGGGGAGCCCCAUGGCUGGGGGGGGGCCGGGCCGCCCCCCGUGUCGCCCCAUUAACGUGACGGUGGCCGUGGAGAAGGACGAGUGUCCCCAGUGCCUGGCCGUGACCACCACGGCUUGUGGGGGCUACUGCCGCACCCGGGAGCCGGUGUACCGCAGCCCCCUGGGCACCCCGUCUCAAGCAGCCUGCACCUAUUUCGGGGUGCGCUACGAGCGGUGGGUGUUGGGGGGCUGCCCCCCCGGGAUCGACCCCGGCGUCGCCGUCCCCGUGGCCCUUGGCUGCCGCUGCGGCCGCUGCCCCAUGGCCACGGCCGACUGCACCGUGGCCGGGCUGGGCCCCGCCUUCUGCGGCGCCCCGGGGGGCUUCGGGGGGCAAUAAAGGCACCCCGACACCUCUGG